AUGUCACAAACUGCUACAGAGACUCGCGUUGACACACGCCACACGGCGUUCGGCCCGGAGGCGUACGAGCUCGGCCGUCUUGGCUCGAACAACGGCCGCUCUGUUGGAGAUAUCUCGCCCAAGAAAGACGGCCCCGAAGAGCACCAGUCCAUCGACUCGAAGGGCGGUGAUGUCACCCCGCCACCGAAUGCCCAUGGAGAGAUUGAACGAUGGAACUCGCCGAAAGGCAACAUGGGCCGGCUCGCUUUCUGCUUCGUCUCUUUCAUCAUUGCCGGAAUGAACGACGCGGCAGUUGGUCUCGAAACCUAUUAUGACCUCAGUUACACCAUCGUAUCUCUCAUCUUUUUGACCCCAUUCGCCGGUUAUUCCGUCGCGGCCUUCACCAAUGCUCGCAUUCACCAGAAGCUUGGCCAGCGGGGCGUCGCCAUCAUGGCGCCCAUUUGCCACAUUACUACCUACAUCAUCCUCGCCCUCCAUCCUCCCUAUCCUGUUCUCGUCAUUGCCAACACAAUCAGUGGUUUUGGUAAUGGGUUGACGGAUGCAUGCUUCUGUGCUUGGAUUGGCGCAAUGGACAAGGCGAAUACCAUCCAGGGCUUCCUGCAUUCGUUCUAUUCCGUAGGGGCCCUGAUCUCACCUCUUAUCGCGACGUCCAUGGUGGUCAAGGCUGAGCUACCGUGGUACAACUACUACUACUUCAUGGUCGGUAUGUCCGUAAUUGAGCUGGUCGGUCUGACCAUCACCUUUUGGCAAAAGACGGGCGCUGUCUACCGCGCUGAGCACGCGCACGAGGAUCAGGAGGGCGGUGCUGGCACCAGAGCUGCACUCAAGUCCAAGGUCACUUGGCUCUGCUCCCUCUUCUUCUUUGCAUACAUGGGUGUUGAAGUUGGCCUUGGUGGCUGGAUCGUCACUUUCAUGCUGCGAGUCCGCAAAGCGUCUGCCUAUGCUUCAGGUAUCUCCGCCACUGGCUUUUGGGCCGGACAAGCCCUCGGUCGAGCGGGUCUGGGCUUCGUGACUGAGCGCUACGGCGAAAGAUUGUGCAUCACCAUCUACUUGGCCUUCUGCAUUGCCCUUCAGUUGUUAUUCUGGCUCAUUCCUCAGUUCGUCGUCUCGGCUAUUGCUGUGGCCUUCUUGGGCUUCUUUCUGGGACCCAUGUUUCCCGGUGCUGUGAUGAUGACCGCCAAGCUACUUCCUAAACAUAUCCAUGUGAGUGCUAUCGGAUUUGCGAUGGCGAUUGGUGGCACCGGCGGCACUGUCUUCCCCUUCAUCAUUGGCGCGAUUGCGACUAGCAAGGGUGUCGCUGUGCUGCAGCCCAUUAUUCUGGCUCUCAUUGCUGUGGUCGCUAUCGUAUGGCUGUGUUUCCCUCGCAUUAAGAAGAGAGAUUAG